AUGGUUCCAUUCCGAUUCUACAGGAUGGAGAGGAAACGGGGAAAAAGACAAGAUGAACCAGUCCAGGAUGCAGAGCGGCAAAAGGUGCACAAUUGCGAGGAUAUGGAGAAGCUGGCCAAGCUGAAACCAUUGAAGAAGCUGGAAGGGGAAGACCCAAGAAAGAAAAUGAGGGUUCGCCUUGCUGGAUGCGAGAAACUAUCUUUCUGUGAAGCUGCGAAGAGGUAUCAAAUCCAAUAUUAUCCGGAAGCAGAGGGACGGGCUCACUCGUACCCCAUUGAAUACGCCCUCAAAGGCAAAAUUCAGGAGCGACUCUUAAAAGAAGAGAAGGGAAAUGCAUUCGAGGAAGGCAGUGUCUGUGCAAAUGCUCCCAUCGUGGCAAAAGCAGAAUCUGGCAAACGAGGGCGUGAACAUUCAAUUAAAAACUUAGAGGAAGCGAGACCCUCCAUGAGAAAAGGCGAAAGUAAAGGGAUUCCUCCAUGUUACACGGCUGUGGCCACGAUUUUUCGCUUCUUGAAAGAAGAAUUGGCCGAUACUCCUAGUUUCAUCACCUAUGACUAUGAUUUCAACACCACGUUCUACAGAGCAAUGGGGAUCGCUGGAAAAUAUACGAAAAAAAGAGAGACACGCUGGAAGCGAAAGGGAUUCACGAUCUUGCACGGUGACCAUGACGUAUGCGGGAUCGUGUUCGAUGGUGAACGAGUCCUCGUUCUUUUCUUCGAAGUGAAGAGCAACGUGCGAACAAACGAAAAGUACCAACUCGGGAAUCUCGUUGGAAAAGCUGAAGAACAGCUCAAGAAGAGUGAAGAGAUUUUUCAUCAGAUCGUAGGAAGAACGGCUUUUACUCAUACUUUUCUCUGCAGCUUUCUGGUCGUCCCAUACAUGUCGAGGGACUUCGUCCGCAAAACCUUGAAAUGCAAACCUCAUUCCCUUUGCCAUGAAAAAACUAUCACAGAGGACGAUCUGGAGACGAGAGACGCCUUCAGGGUAUUCCUUGAAAAACAUGGCAUCACUCUCACGAGGCAAAAGACAACAACUGAAGAAGCUAAAAAGUGCUAUUUGGAUGUGAUGAGUACAUACGUUGCAGCCUCGGCAUCUGUGGAGGGUAUGCCAAGAACAAUGGAAGAUCUCCACCAGAACAUCCAAGAAAGAAUGAAAAGAGCCUUGGUUCUUCUCACACCUCAACAAAGACAGAUUUUGGAUGAUGACCGGUCUGUUCUCUUCUUGGCCGGAGGGCAAGGUACGGGAAAGACCUAUCUGCUUCUCGGAAGAGCCCAACAAUUAGCAGAAAUGGGGGAAAAGGUCGUCAUCGUAAACAUGUCAGCGGGAGAGCUGACUCGGAAAAUGACCGACUGGUUGGAUUCGCCUAAGUUCCAUGAAUUCAAGGACAAUAUAACAGUCAUGGAUUCUUCGGAGUUUCUUGGCGGUGAACGACGAGGGAUAGACCUUCUUUUGGAGAAAAUCAAUGAUAAAAAAGACAACCAUGUUCUCAUUGACGAAAUGCAGAUCAACUUCGACACGGACGGGAGGGAUCCGGUGGUGAUCGGACGAAAAUGGAAAGCCCUCGCUGAGAAAAAGAACUGCAAAAGCCUUUGGAUCAGUUGGCGUCCCAGCGAUGCCUCUUACUCCGAGACCCUCGAUAUCCAAAGUGUUGUGGAUUCCUUGGGGCGAGAAAAAGUGGAACUACUCACGGAAAUUAAACGAAGCACGAAGGAACUCGGGGAGUUUGUGAUAGAAGUGACCCAAUUCAUUCACAAGAGGCUUCCGUGCUUGAUGUACCUCCCGAUGCAAGGCCUGGAAUAUGUAUUCCAUCACAGUGGUGAUCUGGGUGAAGAAAAGGAAAUACCUCGAGUUGUUUUCGUCCGAGCUCCUCCGACUGACAAUGAGGUUUACUUAUGGACAUCAGAGGCUGCCAUGGCUAUUCAAUCAUGGAUUCCGGAUUCCCGAAUCCUCACCAUCGUCACUAGGAUAAACCAGGAAAGGAAUGCCUUGGUGCGUGAACUUGAAAUUGAACUGGGACAAGAAGUCGCCUUCCUCGACGAGAAAGGGAAACUUCGAGGACACCCCCAACCCCGAUUCCUCGUCUUCUAUCAAAAUCAGGUGACUGGGAUGUCGUUCCAGAAUCUCAUUCUCUUGGAUGGUGGAGAGAACACCUAUUGGUCUUGGUCUCGUAUGGUGGGGAUGGCUCUUGAGUCCCUCCACGUGAUCACGUCAGACCCACUCCCCUCCGGUCACUGGGAAGAACCUGCAGAAAUGGGACUCAUCUCCUGCUGCUCUCUCAGAAAACCCAAGAAGUCAUCUUCUGGUGUUUCUUUGGCUCCACUCGAAGAGAGUUCUCAUGCGGAGAUUUCGUGGAGCACUUUCCCGGAAGAAAAGACUCCCAGUUUACCCGGUGCCGAAUGCAAGUUCGAACUACUCUUCGGACCGAAUCGUUCUGGCAAAACUGCAUUUCUUUUCGAUAGACUGAAGAGAAAAAUGGAAGAGGAAGACGAGGAAAUGCGGAAGUCUAAGGACACUUCAUCCAGAUGGAAAACGCCGGUAGACCGCAAAGAAGACGAAAGUGGGGAGCGCAAGCAUCGGAUUAUAUUCGUGGACUGCAGCAGAUGCAACAGAAAUCUCUAUCCUCCUCGCCUCUCUCUGGUGGACGUGAAAGAGAGGAUGAAGAAGAGAGAAAUGUUGAAUUUGGUCGAGGUCUACGAUGUCCACGACCUCAUCCAGCAGCACGACCUUCAAGCAAAUAUGUCUCUUAACCCCCAGGUCAUUAAAGAACUUUUGGUGAAGAUGCUAGAGAAGGGCAUGAAUAAAAGACAAAGACUUCAUGUAGCCUUCGACGAUCUACCCGUUGGACGUGGAAGACCUGGAGACACGGAUAGUUUGAGGGUGGAAUGGGAGGAGAUCAUCUCUUCACUCUCGUCCCAUGCCUCUCUCGCUUCUCUCACCAUUGCCUUCAAUCCCUAUAUAGGAUAUGACACGAUCAACUUCGACGUGAAAAUGUUCAAGAAGGAAUUCCACCUCCCUCCACAAACAAACUGUCAUUCUUUUCAAAAGGGAAAUUUUGUGGUGCUCGUCUCGGACGAAGAGAUUCGGGGAAUCUUCACGGAUGCUUUCGGAAUGAUUGGUUCGAAAGAUGGGUCGACGACGAGGGAAGCACCACAGAUCUAUCGAGUGGAGGAUUACCGAGGAUGCGAGAACUCCGGCGUGAUGUGCGUGGGGGUCGAGGACGCAUGGAUGGUGGAGGGGAUCUCCCGAGCCAUCCAGACUCUCUGCAUCGUCGACGGGGGAACUUCUGCUGCAGCACAGAAUCGGAUGGGCCUCUGGAUGGAGAUGGAACGAAGGGGCCUCCUCCUCCAUCGCGCUUUACUGUCUUCCAACGUCCUUCAAUCUCUAUCGGAUGAUGAUUGGAGAGCAUUAAAUGGAAAAAGCCUCUUUCUAAAGAUCCCAAAGGAUACGGGAACGGAUGAAGAUGCAAGGAGAGAGACUUCUUCUCCAGAAGGGGCAACAAGGAUUUUCGCCAUGGCGCAAGGUCGAGACGGGCGAGGCGGGAUGUGGGAAGUCCACAAGAACACUCUCUGGGUCUAUGAAUCUUAUUACUCAUCGAACUUUUUCGUCGCCCUCUCCGGCAUGUUGAUCCAGGGGGUAAGGGGGGAAAUCCGGAUUCUUCAUCUGGAGGGUAAGGAUCCCCGUUCGGCCCCUCACGGAUGGGACCACAAACUCCGCAUCCCCUCGACUUUUAACGUUGAGAAGACGACGGGGGUGGGGAUCCGGGAAUCUCUUUUUCUCUUGGGAGGGGAGAGAAAUCCCCGCGAAGGACACAGCCUCGAUCUCCACAGUUACAAAUGGAUGAAUCUCCCUCUGAUGACCCAGGGGAGAUUUGACGCAGCUUCGUUGAUGUUGGACCCCCACACCAUCCUCGUCUUGGGGGGGGGAGACCCCCAGAAGAAAAUAUUUCUCUCUAGCUGCGAGUGUUUGGACGUUCGAGUCGGUCAGUGGUCCCCAUUUCCCCUAAACAUUCCCAUUCCCGUCAGUUGUCACGCAGCCACCAUCUACGACGAUCAUAUAUACAUCUCUGGGGGAUUCGGCUAUUCGGAAUCUGUGGGUGCGGUGUGGAGAUGCAGGGCGAAUGGGGAAGGCCCCAUAGACACACUUCCCUCUUUACGAAAAAACAGAUAUUCACAUGGGAUGAUGGGAUUUGGCAAGGCUGGACUCCAAGUCAUCGGCGGGAGAUAUCAAAAGGGAUCAAAGGAUGAAGAGGUUAUUUCGACGGAGACGCUGACCCUGGAUGGCGGAGAAUGGAAAAUCCAACAGGAAGUUCCCUUCAUUAAUGGCGACGAAGGCGGAGCGAUCUCUCGUCGGCCGUCGACGUCUUCACGCCUCGAUCUGGAAGAAGCUGACCCCGACGGACCCGAAUUCCAUUUUUUGACUCCCGGGGCGAACAGGAAUUUGUUUUCCUCUCGCGACGACCGAGACGGAUGCGUCACGUCGUCGCUGCGACGAAGAUGCGACGAUGUAUUCCCGGUGGAGCAGGAAGGAAUUUCCCCGUUUUCGGCCGGUCCCCGCAAGCCCUUCUUUGGAACGGCGCAAGAAUCGUCGGACGACGUGAAAAUUAAAUGGAUGUCCAUCUCGGCUUUCGAGGAGAAAGAGGAACAUUGCGGUCACAGUGGAAAACACCUGCUUUCACCAGAUUUUUCUCGUCUCCUGCAUCGCGGAGCAUAG